AUGGAAGGGAUGCUGGAGAUGGAGGCCCAAAGGCUGGAAGAGCAGCUGGAGUUGGAGAGGAGACAGGUCAGAAGGAACAGACUGCAGCUGGUGUCUGCAGUGGCCCAGUGGAUAGUAUUGCUCUCCUGCUUGGUCUAUCUUGGUCUUGGUUUCCUGCAUCCCCCUACGACUCCAAAAUCCCAGUGGAUCGAAGUUGCAGCCACAGAUUACGUCCCCAAGGAGAAACGCAUCAAUAUCUCUUGGAAUCGGGGCACCAUGAACGUCAGUAACCUCUCCAUCCCGAUCUACUGUGAUGGCUUCUACCUGGUCUCCCUGAAGGGAGCUAUCAAGGUAAUGGGCCAGAAGAAUGUCUCACUGAGCCUUAAGGUGUACAAGCGGUCCCAGGAGUCCAUCUUGCGUGUGAAGGUCACAGAGGAGGUAGUAGAUUCGGUGACAGUGUCCGAGAUGCGGUAUAAGGAUGAAGUCUACUUGGAGGCCUACAUAGAUGCCAACUACAAAGAUUUGACACUGGGCCUCUUCUUACUGACUCCUCGCUCAUACUGCGUAGACGACAUGGAUAAAAUGUAAAGUAAUGCCCCUGCGAUCAAAUAAAACUGGGAAUUGGAACCCAGCACCUAAACUCAUGGGAGGGUUAUGUCCAAUAGGCUGUACAUGUGCAAAAAAACCUACCCUGGCCUCACCUCUCAGGGGCUUGUGGUAUGUCUGAGUGAGAGAGUUCUCAUGGCUAGUGCAAACAAGCCAAUGUGCAAAUGGUCUUUAUACAGCACAUGUCCUGUUCCUCUCUUUGGGGCUCACCACAGCUUAUUUGUUAGCUGAAAUGGGAGAAAUGUACAGUGCCCUCAAGAAGAAUGAAGAGGACCCCACUGAAAAUUACCAAUGCUUGCCUCAGAGUCAGAGGAAUCCUGGAUUCUCUAUUUAUUUGAUAAUAUUUGUAUAUAAUUGAAAUUCUGUGUACAUUUGCUGAAAACAGUCACUUCAAUCAAGAAGGGACCUGGUUUGUCUUGAAGCCACCUGGGCAAGUUGAAGACUCCAGGGACCCAGCACGCAAUCUUUGCCUCGUUGUGAAGGAAAAGAUGAAGAGAUGGCAGGCAACGCAUCCCCUGCGGUGAUCCAGAUAAAUGUGCUCUGAAAGACUCAGGAAAUGAAAAAAUACGAGUGUUUGGAAGUGAGAGAAGAAGGCUGGAAUGGACCAGUGAGAGACCGUUAGGAAUGGCUUUUAAAAAAGAAAGAGAGAAAUUAAAAUGCUGGCAGUGUUUGUGCAAGGUGUUGGAAUGGGGGCAGGGCAGGGGUGGAGUCGGGGCGGGCCUGGGGGUGUGCGAGCACCCACCGGCACCAGGAAAAGUUGGCGCCUGUGCUCCUGCAGAUUUCCUAAGGUGUCAAGCAGGGCAGGGCAUUCUUGUGGAGUCUAGUCAAAUAUUUCCAGCUAUGGAAUGAACACAUGCUAUUGCCUUAGUUGCAAGCCAGGAGAACUUUGAAGUCCUGGCAAGUGGAGCGCCUUCUCCCCCAUCUUUCAUCUUAAUUAAAAAAAAAAAACAAAAAAAAAAAAACAGCCCCAGGAAAUUCAAUUUAAGCAACAACUGUUAAGAGAAUGUUAAGACUCUAUGGCUAAUCACUGAUAUAUCAGGGAAUGCCACAGUUAGUGUUGCAUGCAUAACCUGAACCCAGCUCUCUUGCAUGUAUACCUAUAACAAUAAAGUCUUUAAACAUCUGA